GCCUCCCUUUUCCCGGACUGACGUAUCUCCAGCCGCAGCUGAGGUACCCUGGCCCCUGAACUAGCUGAUGUCCACGUUGAAUGAUACAAGUGCGGGAUCCCCAAGCUCUCUGGCCGUAUUUCUUCCUUAAGGGGCGACGGCAUCGAACCUCUUAAAUCUUUCUUUGUAAACCGAAUUUAUCAAACCUUCCAAUAUAUUCUCCUUUUCCGACGGGGCCCUAAGGUACGAUAAACUCUUUUGCUACAAUUUGGUGCUUUUUAUCUUCCCCACAAUAUAUCGAAAAUUCUUCCUGUUGGUUCUAAUCCGCUUCAGUCCGGCAAGUUACAUCGUGUUUGUAUGUCGGAUGACAGGGCCAGCCACCGGCUUCCUGCUCAUCCAGUUUCUCCACAUUCUCUGAUUUGCACUAGCCAGACCGAACUGGCUGACAUUUCCCGCCAGGGUGCGAGGCGCGAAGGAGUAAAAACCAAACAAAGCAAAAGUGAGACGAGGGAAGGGUCCCGUCACCCUCGAUUGGAGGUCGGGAGAAACCUCAGUUCUGCGAUCGAGAUUCCAGUCCGAGUAGCCCCUCUCUCUUGUAGGCCAAAGACUGUCUGUUCCUCCCCCAUUAUUACAAAUGAAGUGAUUGUGCCACGGUCCCCGCCCUCGAAGAGUCUGUGGUUGGUUGGGGAAUUUCCCAAGGUCCCCUGCCGCGCCUACAAAGCAGAGAUGACAGGGGCGGGGCUCUGCUGGGGGCGGGGCUGCGCUGGGCUCCGCGCGGCGAGCGCCACAACGCGAUGGCGUCACUGACGGCCGAGUGCGUGGGCGGGGUCUUACUUUGAACUCAGUUGGCGGGAGUUGUGGCUCCGAAAGGGGCCUUGGCUGAUGCUGCAGGCUUCUAUCCGGACUGGUUUACGAUGGAGCCCACUGCGGGAAGCGAGAAGGAGAGUGACGGAGACGCGCUUACAGGGGAGUGCGGGAAUAGGAUCCCAGUGCCACGACCUCCCUCCACUGAGGAAUUCACCAUAGUGAAGCCCAUUCGCCGUGGCGCCUUUGGGAAGGUGUAUCUCGGGCAGAAAGGCGGCAAGUUGUACGCAGUGAAGGUUGUCAAAAAAGCAGAUAUGAUCAACAAAAAUAUGACUCAUCAGGUACAAGCUGAGAGGGAUGCCUUAGCCCUAAGCAAAAGUCCUUUCAUUGUCCAUUUGUACUAUUCACUACAGUCAGCAAACAAUGUCUACAUGGUAAUGGAAUAUCUGAUUGGUAGUGAUGUGAAGUCUCUCCUACAUGUAUAUGGUUAUUUUGAUGAAGAGAUGGCCGUGAAAUAUAUUUCUGAAGUAGCCUUGCCUCUAGACUAUCUUCACAGACAUGGAAUCAUCCACAGGGAUUUGAAACCAGACAAUAUGCUUAUUUCUAAUGAAGGUCAUAUUAAACUAACAGAUUUUGGCCUUUCCAAAGUUACUUUGAAUAGAGACAUCAAUAUGACGGAUAUCCUUACAACACCAUCAAUGGCUAAACCUAGACAAGAUUACUCAAGAACCCCAGGACAAGUAUUAUCUCUCAUCAUUUUGGGAUUUUACACACCAGUUGCAGAAAAAAACAAAGAGUCUGCAAAUAUUCUUUCAACCCAUGUAUCUGAAACAUCGCAGCUUUCUCAAGGACUAGUUUGUCCUAUGUCUGUAAAUCACAGGGAUGCUACUCCUUACUCUAGCAAACUACUAAAUUCAUGUCUUGAAACAGUUGCCUCCAAUCCCGGGAUGCCCGUUAAGUGCCUAACGUCUAAUCUCCUGCAGUCCAGGAGAAGGCUGGCUACAUCCAGUGCCAGCAGCCAGUCGCAUACCUUCGUAUCCGGUGUGGAGUCCGAGAGCCACAGCAGUCCCAGAUGGGAGAAGGACUGCCAGGAAAGUGACAAUGCACUGGGCUCUACAGUGAUGAGUUGGAAUAUAAUAGAAAAGCCUUCAUGUACAAAAUCAACCAAUGCCAUCAAGACCCAAGGUUUCAAUAAAAAGGAUCUUGAGUUAGCCCUUUCUCCCAUUCAUAACAGCAGUACCAUUGCUGAGACUGGAAGCUCUUGUGUAAACCUGGCUAAAAAAUGCCUCCCCAAGGAAGUUUCUUGGCAAGCAGGAGAACUGGAUAUAGAUAAUAUUCAUGUGGCCACUGACAAGCAGAAAUUGCAGAUGCAAAGUGGAUUUACUGUACUUCUUUUCUCAUUUUACUUUGAGAAACUCUCAUGUUCCACCAAUUUAGAAACACAUGCAGGGGGGAAAAAAUGGGACGAUUUCUGGGCUGUUGAAGAGCUAUUACUGUAAAGUUAAUAAGUUGGUUCCAUUUGCUUGGUUCCGAAUGCCCCAAGCCCCAAUUGUGCUCAGGGAAAUGUCCCGUGGAUAAGGGGGAGUGUUGGAAAUAAUUUCAGAGUCUGAGUCCAUGUGGAAAAGUCAGUAGGAGCUACAAUAAGGUGCAUGGAGAAUAACUCAGCAAAGGACAUGGGAAAAACCAAUGCCAAAUGCCAAUUAUUAUUAUUAUUAUUAUCUUUAGGCUGGUCCAGUACUCAAAAGUAAAUGAGAUUCUCCUUCCCACCCCAGCCCUCUCUCUCCUUCUCUCUCUUUUCACUUCAGUCUUUGUUCUUUGACAUCAACUCAACCAAUGCUGAUAUGGAUGGAGUCAGUGGUUGUUCCCUCACCCAGGACUAUAAAAACAUAUUUGUACAACAAAGCUCGGGAAUUCCAAUCCAUCAAUCAAUUUAUGUAUGAAGCUGGGCACACAUUUCACGGGUAAGCUGAGAGUUGGGUUGCCUGAACAUCUCUCUCACAGAGCACCCCUUCACAAGUCACUGUUUCUCCGGCUUUUAUGCUCAUUUUCCACCCAGUGACUAAGCCAGAGCAGGUCUGCUUUUCUGCACUGUUGCCUCUUUCUGAGCUAGAAUUUUGCAACUGGAAAAAAAACUAAAGGACUGGAAGAGCACGGCGCAUUUCUGUCCUUCUUUGAACUUGAAUCUGAAGAAGGUUCAAAGGGGAGUCCAGGGGAAUGAGAUGCCCUUUGCGGGUUUCAGUGAAUUCUUCGGGGGUCGACACAAGUCGUUGGUCACAGAGAUUUGUGGGGCCCUCAGGUGGGUGCAUGGCUCUGAUGUUAGCAGUCGUCAGAACAACCAUACACUUCAAGAAUGCUUUGUACGUGCCUGACACUGUCCUAGGCACCUCACCUUUAUCACCUCA